AUGAAUGUCUCAUUCAAGAACCAAUCAAAUUAUGAAACGAAAUCACAAAACUUUGUAAACACGACAAAUGCUGUGGAAACAUGUCUGAAACAAUUUGAUGAGUUCACUAACUCGCUGAAUGAAGUUUGUAAUCAAGCGAGCUUACUUAGUCGAUCACUAAAAUCACUUGAAGAAUUUGUGAUGCCAGAAAUUAUUGGGCGUGAAAACGUUGAAAAAAUGCCUUCCAGCAAUUUCAAAAGCAGUGAACAUUUAAUGGAUUCUUUGGUCACGUUUUCCAAGAUUAUGAUGUCGUUUUCGGAGAGGAUUAAAUGUGAAGCACUUGACAGUUUCGAUGAUUUUAUCGUUCAAGCUGUUCUUCCACGUGACGACGAGGUCAAAGGAAUUCUAGAGCACAACAGACAAAUUAUUCAUGAGUUUUAUGAAUCGUUCUUCAGUGUACAAAAUCAUUAUUUAAUUCUUUCCGCUGAGUUGCUAGAAAAGUUUUUGAUUUGUAAUGAUUGUUCCAUUCCAAUUGGGUUUCCACACAAACCGAAGUGCCUUACCAAAUCAAUGUCAAAACCGAUCGUUUGGAAGAAAAUCAAAUUCGAUGACAAAUUUAUCACGUUUGGAAUGAAAUUCUCUUUUGAUGACUUCGUCGCUCCAGGCUCGAAGAAAAACAUUUUGACACAAAUUGCCAGCUCGUGCUUGAAGCGUCAGAAUAGAAAUGUAGGACAUGAAAAGACAUCAAUGUUGUUGACGACCAAAAGCUUCCCACGACGUUGGGUUCGUUCUGAUAAGAGUAAAAGUUCAGAUAAAAAUAAACUACCAAGAAGCAAAGCAGUUUGUAUCGCUCGACCUUCUCCACCAAUUUUCAAGCCGUCUAUUUGGACACCAAAUCAAAAUGACAGCAGCAACCUGUCAAAAGUAGAUUACGAAAUUAUUGGCUUCGCUUUUGAUCCAAAUGGUCGUUCUCUUGAUUUGUGCUUGCCAUCAUCUGUUCUUUCUGAAUUAUAAUAAAAUUCUUACGAUUUAAUUAAAUUUCGAAAUAAA